CUCCCGCUCCUCAUGCUUCUGACCGCCUGCCGCGCCGCCGCCACGCGCACGCUCAUCGGCGGCCGCAGCGCGCGCGUACUCGCCUCCCGCUUCGCGCACGCGCCGGUCGCGAGCGCAGCUGCGGCGUCCUCCUCGGCUGCGGCCGCCACUGCCGCGGCUGCGCCGCCGAGCCUGGUGGCCGAGAGCAGGGUGCGCGUGGCGAGCCUGCUCGAGGGUGGCGAGGCGCGGCUGGGCGAGACGGUGGUGGUCAAGGGCUGGGUGCGCACCGUGCGGACGCAGAAGUCGUUUUCGUUCGUCGAGGUCAACGACGGCUCGUCGCUCAAGGGUGUGCAGGUGGUGGCGGAGGACGGGCUCGAUUCGUACGACGUGGUGGACGCGCUGUCGACCGGCGCGGCGGUGGCGGUGCGCGGCGAGGUGGUCGCCUCUCCCGCCAAGGAGCAGAGCAUCGAGCUCCGGGCGUCGUUGGUCGAGCUGGUCGGCAGCUGCCCCGCGGACUCGUACCCGCUGCAGAAGAAGCGGCACUCGCUCGAGUUCCUGCGCUCGAUCGCCCACCUGCGGCCGCGGACCAACACCAUCGGCGCGGCGAUGCGCGUCCGCUCCGCCCUCUCCUUUGCCACGCACGAGUUCUUCCGCUCGCGCGGGUUUGUGCAUGUCCACACGCCGCUGCUGACGGCGUCCGACUGCGAAGGCGCCGGCGAGAUGUUCCGCGUCACCACGCUGCCGGCUGCGGGCGAGGCGGCGCAGCCUGCGGCCGCCGCCGCCGGCUGCGGAGACGACGUCGCGGCGCUCGACCGUGCGGUAAAGUCUGCUGGCGAGGCGGUGCGCGCGCUCAAGGAGGCGGCGGUGGUGGACAAGGAGGCGGUGGACGGGGCCGUGCAGGAGCUGCUCGCGCGCAAGGCGAAGCUGCAGGCGGCCACGGAGAAGCAGGUGGGCGACCCGUUCGCCGACGACUUCUUCGGCCGCGCCGCCUACCUGACCGUGUCGGGGCAGCUGUGCGCGGAGACGUACGCGAGCGCGCUGGGGGACGUGUACACGUUCGGGCCCACGUUCCGCGCCGAGGACUCCAACACGGCGCGCCACCUCGCCGAGUUUUGGAUGAUCGAGCCCGAGAUGGCCUUCACCGACCUCGCCGCAAACAUGGACAACGCCGAGGCGUACGUCAAGCACGUGGUGCAGUACGCGCUCCGCUCGUGCGCCGACGACUUUGCGAUGUUUGCGCAGUUCUACGACAAGGGCCUCAAGGCCCGGCUGCAGGCGCUCGUUGAGACGCCGUUCGCGCGCGUCUCGUACACGGAGGCGGUCGAGCUGCUGCGCGCAGAGAUCGCAAAGGACCCGUCCAAGUGGGAGUACCCGUGCGUCGAGUUUGGGACGGACCUCGCCACCGAGCACGAGAGGUGGCUCGCCGAGGUCGCCUUCGGCAGCGCCGUCUUCGUCUACAACUACCCCAAGGCCAUCAAGGCCUUCUACAUGCGAGACAACGACGACGGCAAGACGGUUGCGGCGAUGGACCUGCUCGUGCCCGGUGUCGGCGAGCUCAUCGGCGGCAGCCAGCGCGAGGAGCGGCUGCCGAUGCUGCUGAGCAAGAUGGAGGAGUCGGGGCUCGACCCGGAGGACUACUGGUGGUACGUCGACCUCCGCCGGUACGGGUCGGUCCCCCACUCGGGCUACGGACUCGGCUUCGAGCGGCUCGUCUGCUACGUCACCGGCAUCCCAAACAUCCGCGACGUGAUCCCCUUCCCGCGCUACCCCGGCUCGUGCGACUUUUGAGGCGGCGGGGCGCGGCAACCAGUAGAGAGAGGGGCUGCGGUCCCCCUCUCUCCACAAUUCGGCCGAGCCGGUAGUGGCGCUGGCGGCGGAUGCACGCGUCAUGGCUGUGGGCACUGCGGGUCAUGGCUGCGCUCCUGGCUGCCCCGUGUGUGUGGCUUUUUCGGGGGGAGACGUGUCACAGCGGUGUCUGGUGCGCGGCGAGCCGACCGACAACUUUUCUUUUUCUGAAUGUAAUAUCGUUG